AUGGUCGCAACUGCUCGUACCGCGCUACUUAGUUCCCUCGUUAGCAUUGUCGCUGCGCAAUCGGUCAAUCUCUUCAUCCCAGAAUAUGGACAAGACGAUGUUGUCGCUCAGAUUGUCGGUGAGAAUGCCGAAGCAACGACAUACCUCAUUGCAUGCGCUCCUGCAGUCUACACAACCGUAGCCUGUAUCCACCGUAACGGACCUGGUCGUGAUGGAGGACCUCCUAACUGCGACGGUCCUGCAUCUUAUAAUGUUGUUGAUUUGAACAGAUGCUUUCUUACUGCAGGAGCAACUGUGGUUGAGGGACCAUCCACCGUCGUUUUCAUAAAACCUGGCGACGAUAGCCAAACAUGGAAUUGUGCGGCUGAUGGCACGGUAUCUGCUGUCUGCACACACAAUUAUAGAACGAAUAUAUACACCGAGACGAUGACGGGAGCUGACUAUACGUUCAUUCCAGUUCCUUUGACUACUGGUCUAGUCGUCAAUGGUGUCGUACCGACCUCGAUUAUCCAACCUGCUCAAGCAAGCACGACAAGCAUUGUAUACAGUACAUCUUCUAGCCCGAGCAGCCUCCCGUCAUCUUCAACAUCAAUACACACGAUAAGCAGCUUACCGACCAUUACGCCAAUUGCUACAAUACGCACAAGUAUAACCACCAGGACCACCUCAAGCAUCGAACAGCAGAGCAAUAGUAGUAGCGCAAGAUCAAGCAGCUUUGGAGCCGGAAGUGUCAGCUCAAUCAGUGGAAAUAAUACCGCGACCUCAACGACAGUCCCAGCCGCUACAGGCGUUUCCAACACAACUAGUCCUACCCCUAUCGUUUCCCAAAUAAGCAACGGCGCGUCGGCUUUUGGUUGGUGGAAAAUGGGUUCUGCCGUUGUAGCGGUCUUGGCUGGUAUAGCUAUGCUUUGA